UACAUUGCAUUUGAUUCGACGUAUCCGCAUCAGGCCGAAGCGUUUGCGCUCAUGGCCCGUCUUCCCAAGCCACUGCCGAAGUGGAAGUCCUUCCUUUACCCCUACGCUCGAGUUACGUGGAUCAGCAUCGGUGUUGUAACCCUGCUGGUCUCUGUGAUGUUCCCGAUCCUAACUCGCAUAGACGUUGGAGAUGAUUCUUCAGAACUUCAGUUCAGUAAAGCGUUGCUUCUGGUCGCAGGAGCUCUGGUGGCACAAUCCAUGAAUUUGUCCACUUUUGGAGUGGGAGAGUGGCGGCGAGUGUGGAUGGCAGUCUGGUACAUGGGGUGCAUUGUUUUCAUCACGGGCUACAACGGAAACCUUAUCGCGUUCCUCACAGUUCCGCUUUACCCCGUCAGGAUCGAGACCAUCAAGCAGCUCGCUGAGUCACCACUGAGAGUCACCAUGAUGGACUACGGAGAAUUCGUCCCUGAGGCUCUGCAGGCUUCCACUGACAACGCAUUGCGCAGAAUCGGGAAUAAGCUUGACCUCUUCCCACAAGAUCACUACUACGACCCUGCCAUGGAGAUGGUCGUUAAGAAUGGAACUCACGCUUUCAUCGAGGCCUAUUCCUUCCUGAUGGGGUUGCGGAUGAAGUAUGGAGUUAGCAAAGAAACAUAUAUUCUCAAAGAACAGGUCUAUUCUGGGUAUCUCAUAUGGUUCCUGCCCAAGUACACUCCGUACACCGAAACCAUUUCCAGCACAUUGCAGAGACUCGUUGAAGCCGGCAUUGUCGGUAAACUCUACAGAAAUCACUUCGCCAAAACCGACGUCAUCGUGCAAGGCAUUGCGUCGGUGUCGAGCUUGUCCCUGGACGAACUGCAGGGCGCGUUCCUGCUGCUCGUGCUCGGCCUGUUGUCGUCAUCGGUGCUCUUCUUGGCAGAGUUGGGCUUUGUGAAGCUCAAGACUAUGAAGAUAAAAUCCAACUAACGACUGAAAAUAUGUCACGGUCCGUGCAAUCUCCGUGUCACUCACACGAGAUCCUACAGAAUGACAAAUGUUGAUGUCAUUUUUUGCCUUGUGUAUGUCUAUCUGUGUGUGAUCAUUUUCUGAGUGAACAGUUUUGUGUUUCCGUCACUAUACCUAAUUGAUUUUAAUAAUUUAUAAUCAAGAAAACAGCCACAGACUCGCACUUGCUCGAGCAAUUUGACGGUUUAAAAAUAACUGUAUAAGAACCAAUGUGUAAUUACU